AUGACUGACGACGAUGAUGAUGACGAAGACGACGAUGCUUUACAGGCGAGUGUGAAUCCUGGCACAGUGACAGAGGGACAGAGGGUGACACUGACCUGCAGCACCAGCUGCCCUCUGAGUGGCAGUCCAGCCUUCAUCUGGUACAGGAACGGACAUCCUCUACCCAACAGCACCCAGAACGUCCAGUUCUCAGCCAGCAGUGAAGAUGCAGGCAGCUACUCCUGUGCUGUAAGAGGCUAUAAGGAUCUCAGUUCUUCUGCAGUGGCUCUCAGUGUCAGAUAUGCGCCAAAGAACACCUCAGUGUCCAUCAGCCCCUCUGGUGAAAUAAUGGAGGGCAGUUCAGUGACUCUGACCUGCAGCAGCAAUGCCAACCCACCAGUGCAGAGCUACACCUGGUUCAAGAAUGAUACAGCUGUAAGCACAGGAUCAGGACAGAGUUACUCCAUCACUAACAUCAGCUCUGAGGACAGUGGGCAGUACCACUGUGAGGCAAUGAAUCAGAUCAGCAGCAGCAGAUCUCCCCCCUUAAAUGUGAAUGUGCAAUAUUCUCCCAAAAACACCUACGUGUCUAUCAGUCCCUCUGGUGAAAUAGUGGAGGGCAGUUCAGUGACUUUGACCUGCAGCAGCAAUGCCAACCCACCAGUGCAGAACUACACCUGGUUUAAGGAUAACAGAGUUAUAGCCUCAGUGAGAGGAUCAGGGCGGAGUUACUCCAUCACUAACAUCAGCUCUGAGGACAGUGGACAGUACUACUGUGAGGCAAAGAACAAGCAUGGAGCUCAGAACUCACCUGCUGUACCCAUAGAUGUUCAGUAUGGACCUCAAAGCACCUCAGUGUCAGUCAGUCCCUCUGGUGAAAUAGUGGAGGGCAGUUCAGUGACUCUGACCUGCAGCAGCAAUGCCAACCCACCAGUGCAGAGCUACACCUGGUUUAAGCAUAAUACAGGUGUAACCUCAGUGAGAGGAUCAGGGCAGAAUUACACCAUCAGUAAUUUGAGAUCUGAGGACAGUGGACAGUACUACUGUGAGGACAAUACAUGUUCCACACAUGCCAAUGUCUCUGAGGCGACCAGUGCCCAGGCAGUUACGCAGAGGAGGCCCUCAGAACAAGACGAGGCUCAGUAUGAGAAUGUUCAGCCACCCCGCUCCAACGACCAGCAAGAGAUCCUGUACACCACUCUUAAGCUGCCUCCCUCCCAAAACCAGCAAGCGGUCCGACACGGCAACAUUCAGAGACAAUCUGGCAACCAGCAGGAGAUCCUGUACGCCACUGUUAAAGUGCCUCCCUCCCACAAUCAGGAAGAGGUUCAGUACGCCUGCAUACAAUUCCCCCUGUCCAGCGCCGCCACCAGGUCAUCAGCUGUUUUCUACAGUGCGAGACUACUGAGAGCAGAGAUCUUCUCUACUUGGAUUGAUGCAGUAAUGCUUGUUAAAACAAUAUGCACCAUAGUUGUGGUCCUCCAUCUCUCAGUGCAAGGUGCUCUGGCUGAGGGGGGCUGGGAUGUGACUUACACCAGUGAGAACAUCUGUGCCUUGAAGGGGACUUCAGUGGAAAUGGCCUGCACGUACACAUAUCCCAGCAGUUAUACAAUAAAUACAACAUUCUGGUGCAAAGAUUGUACACAGUGGAUAGGAGAGAAUCCUGUAGACCUGGCCAGCACUCCUGAAUACAAAGGCCGUGUAGAGUACCUGGGAGAUAUGAAACAGAACUCCACCCUCAGACUGAAAAAUCUGACAGCGAGUGAUUCAGGAGGAUAUUACUUCAGGUUUAUAACAAAUACACAGGGUGGUAAAUGGCUGGGUGCAGGCGGAUCCCAAAUAUCAGUCACAGCUUUACAGGCCAGUGUGAAUCCUGACACAGUGACAGAGGGAAAGAGGGUGAAACUGAACUGCAGCACCACCUGCACUCUGAGUGGCAGCCCAGCCUUCAUCUGGAACAGGAACGGACAUCCGCUAUCCUUCACCAACCAGAGCCUCACGUUCUCAGCCAGCAGUGAAGAUGCAGGCAGCUACUCCUGUGCUGUAAGAGGCUAUGAGCAUCUCUCUUCCUCUGCAGUGACUCUCAGUGUGACAUAUGCUCCCAAGAACACCUCAGCGUCAGUCAGUCCCUCUGGUGAAAUAGUGGAGGGCAGUUCAGUGACUCUGACCUGCAGCAGCAAUGCCAACCCACCAGUGCACAACUACACCUGGUUUAAGAAGAAUGAAACUGGAGUCUGGCAGACUGGAUCACACCUUUUAUCACAGACUGCGCUCUCUGACUCGAACCAGGAGAAGCCUCUACUGAGGCAGGAGGAAAGCGCGGCAGGGCAGCUGUACCGAUUCGCGCUGGUGGCGUGUGACUGA